UCAAGUCCAAUAGGAACAAAAACACUUCGUGGGCAUUGUUCUAUUCACUUUUGCUGAAUCAAAAUUACUGCACGAUCGAUAUGGCCUUGAAGAGAAUGCAGAUGGUUCUCCUGGCGGCUGUUCUUGCGGCAUUGCUUGCUCGUCCGUGCUCAGCGCAGUCCACAUCUGGUUGCACUACGGCGCUGAUAACAUUGACCCCGUGUUUGAGCUACGUCUCAGGGAACUCCUCCUCGCCGUCUUCCACUUGUUGCUCAACCCUCAGCUCGGUCGUCCAGUCGCAGCCGCAGUGCCUCUGCUUGCUGCUCAAUGGCGGCAUGUCGUCGCUUGGGUACAACAUCAAUCAGACGCUCGCUCUGGCUCUCCCAGGCGCUUGCAGCGUUAAGACCCCAUCGGUUAGCCUCUGCAACGCACUCUCCCCAUCAAGUCCUCCUACAACAAGUCCUGCAGAUUCUUCAGACAAGACACCAGUGUCUCCAACAACAUCCUCAACCCCAACCAUUCCGUCAGGAUCGAAGGCUACACCUGCUGCAACCAGCAUGAGCGGGAGCAUCAAAGCGUCCUUCGGAUCUCUUGCGUUUGCACUCUUGCUGGCUUCAUUUGGAUCAAUUCUUCUGAAGUCCUAACCUAGGAGAGAGUGAAAGAGAUUUGGCAUGUGCUCACUUUCUUUCAUCUGCACUUGAGUACUCUGUUUGUGGGUACUUGUGAAGUUGCAAUAUCCAUUCAUUGUUUGUCACGUUGGAUAUUGUGCUAUGCAUUGGUUUUUUUCGUACCACUUCG